GUUAGGACUUACAUCAUCUUCCACCCGCGGAAAUCCGACAAUUCCUGCAAGUGGUAUUCAGUCCUCAUGACGUUGCAAUGGUCAAGCCCGUAAGGCUGAUGAUCCCCACACAUUCCCUUUUAUAAACGACUCCACGCAUCAGGGGGUUGAGAUUCUUCAAACCCUUUUUCACACAGGCCACCAGCGCUCGGGAACGGCUUUCCAUGUCAGCAUUCAACAAGGCAUCUGUCCCUUCUUUUGCGCCCGUCGGGAAAGCCCUCGCCGGUCUGGGGCUCAUUGCCUAUGGCUCCUUCGUCUACCGUCUGUUCCGCGUCCGGACGCUGGUGCGGUCCGUCGCAGAAAAGCAUGGCAUCCAAAGCCCCCAACACCAUCGACUCCAUUUCCUCGACGUCCUCAUCGCGCAGCUGAAAGUCUUCAUGCUCGCCGGCUACGACACCAUCGCCGCAACCCUCACGUUUGCCUACCAUCUCCUCUACAGUCACCCCGACAUCCUCGCCAAAGUCCGACCAGAACACUCCGUCGUCUUCGGCCACGACCCGUCCCUCGCCAGGGGCCUGAUCGCCCAAUCCCCCCAGCUCCUCCACCAACUCCCCUACACAACCGCCGUCCUCAAGGAAACCAUCUUAAACAUCUAG